AUGGAACAGAGGAUGGAGAGAGCAGCGAUAGAGAGAGCGAGAGAAAGCAGACAGAGGGGGGUAGAGCAAGAGAGGAGGAUGAAGGAGGAGAGGAACAGAGGUCUUUCUGUCAGUGGAGUUCCGCUCCCAUGUCACUCAGCACAAACGGAAGCUCCCCACAGUGUGUGCGCUAAAACGUCAGAUAAGACACACACACACACACACUAGGCCCUCUGUGCCACCCUGCACAGAGCUGUGUGUGUGUUGUUUUUUCAGGCUGCAAGGCUUUUGAAAUGGGUGAAGACACUCACCUGCUGUUUAGAUUCACACCAGAUUACAGAUUGCACACUCCUAUCUGUCUCGCUCCAUUCACCUGCUUGUUAAUUCUGUCUCUUUCUCUCUCGGAUCAUAUCUUUGGCAUUGGUCCCAGUUCAGCAUUUCUCAGGAGUGUCAUAGUGACAGCGUGAUAAUUACGUUGCCUGGGUGUUGUUUGGAGCGUUUUAUGAUAACGGGCUACUUUUUCUAGUUGACUGAGAGAACACACAACAACAGAAUGAUGCUCAGCUCCCAGCUGCCACUUUGUGUCAUAUGAUUGUAGUGAAACUAAAGUGUGCGUGCAUGCAUGACGGACUGAUUAAAGUCAGCCUGUGAAAUCUCUCUCUUUCUGUCUUCUGUUCUCUCUCUCACUGUCAUACCCUUCAUUUACAGGCUUCAUUUUCCUACUCAUGGAAAGAAAUGAGUAAGCUAGUUGUCCUUGUGUGUGUUCGUUCGUACAGUAUGUAGGCUAAUAGCCCCACUAGGCCGUGCUGAAGCCAGGGGAUCAGAGUAUUAAGUCUGCCCCACACAGGGUUCUCUACACGUGGUACCCCCCUCCAUCUUUCCAGUGCCCUUGGACGGACGGACGGACGGACCCACCCCACCCACCCACCAGGACGAGAAAGUAAAACGUGUUUUUAAUGCAAUUAACAGAGCCAGUCUGUAAACAGCCAGUCUGCUGUGUGUUUCAGCCCCUGAGGACUGUGGGUACAGAGGGCAGCAGCAGCCAUGUCCGGCUCCUAUGAUGACUCCAUGAUCGACGUCUCCAGUGACAGCUUCUGGGAGGUGAGACGGUAGACAACAUACAGUAUAUCACACACACACUGAAAAACAUACAAUUAAAGAGCAUACGUCAUUAUAUGAUAUGCACGUAGCUGUACACUCACACAACUCCCACCCUGCCACACACACACACCCAUGUCCUCUCACCUUCCCCCCCCCCCCCCAGGUGGGGAACUACAAGCGGACAGUGAGGCGGGUGGACGAUGGCAGUCGCCUGUGUAACGACCUGAUGAACUGUCUCCAUGAGCGGGCGCGCAUCGAGAAGUCCUACGCACAGCAGCUCACAGAGUGGUCCAAACGCUGGAGACAGCUUAUAGAGAAAGGUAGACACACACACACACACACACACACAUUUCAGUGCUCCAAGCAAUGAAGACAGGUGUGUGUUCCACUCCCUUUACCCCCUCUGUUCCCUUGGACUCUCAGUACCGCACUCUCCAUCAGCGUGAGCAUGCAUGUGUGUGUUAUUAUCUAAUCGUGUGCAUCCCCAGGCCCCCAGUACGGGACCCUGGAGCGGGCGUGGGGUGCCCUGUGCACUGAGGCGGAGAAGGUGAGCGAGCUCCACAUGGAGGUGAAGGCGGCGCUGAUGGGGGAGGACUUUGAGAAGCUCAAGGUGUGGCAGAGGGACUACUACCACAAACAGAUGAUCGGAGGCUUCAAGGAGACCAAGGAGGCUGACGACGGCUUCCGCAAGGCACAGAAACCCUGGGCCAAGAAACUGAAAGAGGUUAGGGAGUCAUACAGACAGACACACACACACACACACAGACAAUACAAACGGUGCAAGCACACAGGCAUGCAGAUACCCACCACAAAGCACACACACACCAUCAUUAAAUGAGGUUAGAUGUGGAUUCAGAGUGACGAGCAAGAACACAGAACUAAGAAGCUCAGAUGUAAAGAAACACACACACAUCAGCUUUACCCUGCAUUUAUCAGUCCAUUGAUUUCUGCAAUAGCCACGACAAUUAUUCCCAUCACCCCUCAGUUCACUUGAACACAUAUCUCUGACUCACUGCUUUGGCUGUUUUCAGCUCCUUCUCUCAUGGACUAGCUGCUAUGCUGUACAACAAACAGGCCAUUAGCGCUAUAUAACAGGCUAUUUCAUUAGUGUUGGCCAUUCAUAGGAAGCAGUGGCAUGGAACUUUCCGCUGGCCACACAGGCAGCUACUGAGAAGGGGAAGGCCAUUGCGUGUCGAACCGCCGGCUUGAUUUGUUAUGGUGGGGGAAAGAUAUUGGGCUGCUCUGCUGUGCGUUUGGCUAGCAGUAGUAGUGCAGAUGAACUGCAGCUUCUGUGACACACACACUCCCGCUUUCACAAACUGGCACACACUCAAAUGGCGUCUGACGUCACUUCUCCUCUGACCUGGGAGUUCUGGAACAGGCCUGUUUUUGUUUCUGUCGCCAUUUUAGUCGCCAUUUUACCGGGCUGGACGCGACCUUCUUGGUCACUGAGUUUGUAGUGUACCAGUGUCACAAUCUGAGACUUCCUGGUGUGAGAUAUGGGGGGCCCAGGCAAAUCUUGCUUAUGGCCCCCAAAAGGCUAGAGCCGGUCUUUUUCCUAAGCUUGUCUACCACUGAAAGGGUAGAAUCAUAUUGAAUAGUCAACUUGGCUACUGCGCAAUGCUAACUUGGUUAUCAAUUGGCUACAUAAGCAUGAUGUGAUGAUGUUAACCGCUGUACCUUACCUUCUCUGUGCCGUAUGGCAGGUGGAGACGAUGAAGAAGGCGUACCACGGGGCCUGUAAGGAAGAGAAGCUGGCCACAAGCCGGGAGAACAACAGCAAGAUGGAGAACAACAGCAACCCUGAGGCCCAGAAGAAGCUGCAGGAUAAGGUGGAGAAGUGCCAGCAGGAGAUGGAGAAGGUAGGGAUGGGGGGGGGGGUUACACUGGUGUAAAAUAAUCUCUGCGUGGACGUGUGUUUUAUGUCUAUGUUGUGUGUCAUGGCUGGAAUGUGACUCUGAGACCAUUGAGUAUCUGGACAAUAUGGAGCAAAUGUUUCAGCUGCGUAUGUGCGUAUGCAUUGUGUGUGUGUGUGUGUGCGCGCUUGCCUGUGUGUAUGUCUCCUUACCUGUGUGUGUGUGUGCUUCCCUCUAUGAUCCUCUGGGUCCCAGACUAAGGAGCGCUAUGAGAAGUCUCUGGAGGAGCUGGACAAGAUAACUCCCCAGUACAUGGAGAACAUGGAGCAGGUGUUUGAACAGUGGCAGCAGUUUGAGGACAAACGCAUCACCUUCUUCAAAGCGCUUCUGCUGGAAGUCAAGCAUCACCUCGACCUCUCCACCAAUCACAAGUAAGACCCCUCCGCCUCUCCACCAAUCACAAGUAGACCAUGACACCUCUCCACCAAUCACAAUUCGGCUAUGACACCUUUCCACCAAUCACAAGUAGGCUAAGACACCUAUACCUCUCCAUCAAUGACGAGUAAGACCCCUCCACCAAUUACAAGUAAGACCCUUCUGCAUCUCCACAAAUCCCUAGUAAGACACCUACACCUCUCCAGAAAUCACUAGUAAGACAUCUCCACCUCUCCACAAAUCCCUAGUUAGACACCUCCACCUCUCCACAAAUCACUAGUAAGACAUCUCCACCUCUCCACAAAUCACUAGUAGACACUCUCCACCUCUCCACAAAUCACUAGUAAGACACCUCCACCUCUCCACAAAUCACUAGUAAGACACCUCCACCUCUCCACAAAUCACUAGUAAGACACCUCCACCUCUCCACAAAUCACUAGUAAGACACCUCCACCUCUCCACAAAUCACUAGUAAGACACCUCCACCUCUCCACAAAUCACUAGUAAGACACCUCCACCUCUCCACAAUCACUAGUAAGACAACCACCCUCCACAAAUCACUAGUAAACACUUCCACCUCUCCACAAAUCACUAGUAAGACAAACCUCCACCUCUCUCCACAAAUCACUAGUAAGACACCUCCACCUCUCCACAAAUCACUAGUAAGACACCUCCACCUCUCCACAAAUCACUAGUAAGACACCUCCACCUCUCCAUAUCAAUUCCAAAUGGACCCCUAGCCUCUGCAUCAUAUGCACUCUAAGCUUCAUAGCUUGAUUUGCCUUCUGAUUGGCUGCUAUUCAAUUCUCGUAUAUCUACAGGAGUGGCUAGGGAGUAGGGGAUAAGUGUCCAUUUGGAUUUCAGCCUCUACAACCCAGAUCUACCUAGAGGGGGGAUUUGGGAUUGGACAUCAUUAGGAUCUCUCUCUCCUCUCUUCCUCUUCCUGUUCUCUCCCUCUCUAGAUUCCAGACAGUUUUCCACACGUUGGAGGACACUAUCUCUGCUGCUGAUGCUGAGGAGGACCUCAAGUGGUUCCGCUCCAACCACGGUCCUGGCAUGCCCAUGAACUGGCCCCAGUUUGAGGUACGGGGAGAGGGGGAUGAGGGAGAAGGAUGGGAGAUGAAUGUGAGAGAGAGAGAGGGGUUUAGCUCCAAUGAACUGGCCCCAGUUUGAGGAACAGGUAUUGGGAGAGUAUUGAGGAAAUGAAAGAUGGGAGAGAGAGUGGCUCAGUGUCAGUGAACGGUUCUGAGUUUGAGGUACAUGGUGAGGCGAGAGAAGGUAGGCGAGAGAAGGGGAGAGCGAAUGGUUCAGCUCCAAUGAACUUGAAGGUAAUAUAUUAAAACUGCUACUUUGAGAGAGGAAGAAGGAGGGAGUUCUCCAAGCCAUGCCCAUGGACCGACUCAAGUAAAUGAAUAACUUUAGAAAUCAGGUUAAAAUAGAUUGAGCCAGAAAGUUAGUCAGCCUAUCGGUCAGUCAGUCCUUCAUGUCCUCAGGAGAAGUUUCAGUACAUUACAACCAGAUCAGAGCGAUCCGGUGUUGUCUUAGAUUCUCUUCCCCUAUUAGAUUAUCUUUCCCUUCAUACGAACAGAAACUGAAAGCCCAUAAUUCAGCCGAACGUCUUGCUUCCGGACAAGCUAAACACCUUCUUCGCCCGCUUUGAGGAUAAUACAGUGCCACCGAUGCGGCCCUCUACCCAGGACUGUGGGCUCUCCUUCACCGUGGCCGACGUGAGUAAGACAUUUAAGCGUGUUAACCCUCGCAAGGCUGCCGGCCCAGACGGCAUCCCUAGCCGCGUCCUCAGAGAAUGCGCAGACCAGCUGGCAGGUGUGUUUACGGACAUAUUCAAUCUCUCCCUAUCCCAAUCUGCUGUCCCCACAUGCUUCAAUAUGGCCACCAUUGUCCCUGUACCCAAGAAAGCAAAGGCAACUGAACUAAAUGACUAUCGCCCCGUAGCACUCACUUCUGUCAUAAUGAAGUGCUUUGAGAGACUAAUCAAGGAUCAUAUAACCUCUACGUUACCUGCCACCCUAGAUCCACUUCAAUUUGCUUACCGCCCCAAUAGAUCCACAGGCGAUGCAAUCUCCAUCACACUGCACACUGCCCUAUCCCAUCUGUACAAGAGGAAUACAAUGCCUUGCAAAAGUAUUCAUCCCCCUUGGCGUUUUUCCUAUUUUGUUGCAUUACAGCCUGUAAUUUAAAUAUAUUUUUAUUUGGAUUUCAUGUAAUGGACAUACACAAAAUUGUCAAAAUUGGUGAAGUGAAAUGAAAAACAUAACUUGUUUCAAAGAAUUCUAAAAAAUAAAUAACGGAAAAGUGGUGCAUGCAUAUGUAUUCACCCCCUUUGCUAUGAAGCCCCUAAAUAAGAUCUGGUGCAACCAAUUACCUUCAAAGUCACAUAAUAAAUUAAAUAAAGUCAACCUGUGUGCAAUCUAAGUGUCACAAGAUCUCAGUAUAUAUACACCUGUUCUGAUAGGCCCCAGAGUCUGCAACACCACUAAGCAAGGGGCACCACCAAGCAAGCGGCACCAUGAAGACCAAGGAGCUCUCCAAACAGGUCAGGGACAAAGUUGUGGAGAAGUACAGAUCAGGGUUGGGUUAUAAAAAAAUAUCUGAAACUUUGAACAUCCCACGGAGCACCAUUUUUAAAUCCAUUAUUAAAAAAUGGAAAUAAUAUGGCACCACAACAAACCUGCCAAGAGAGGGCCGCCCACCAAAACUCACAGACCAGGCAAUGAGGGCAUUAAUCAUAGAGGCAACAAAGAGACCAAAGAUAACCCUGAAGGAGCUGCAAAGCUCCACAGCAGAGAUUGGAGUAUCUGUCCAUAGGACCACUGUUAGCCGUACACUCCACAGAGCUGGGCUUUACGGAAGAGUGGCCAGAAAAAAGCCAUUGCUUAAAGAAAAAAAUAAGCAAACACGUUUAGUGUUCGCCAAAAGGCAUGUGGGAGACUCCCCAAACAUAUGGAAGAAGGUACUCUGGUCAGAUGAGACUAAAAUUGAGCUUUUUGGCCAUCAAGGAAAACGCUAUGUCUGGCGCAAACCCAACAACUCUCAUCACCCCGAGAACAGCGUGGUGGCAGCAUCAUGCUGUGGGGAUGUUUUUCAUCUGCAGGGACUGGGAAACUGGUCAGAAUUAAAGGAAUGAUGGAUGGCGCUAAAUACAGGGAUAUUCUUGAGGGAAACCUGUUUCAGUCUUCCAGAGAUUUGAGACUGGGACAGAGGUUCACCUUCCAGCAGGACAAUGACCCUAAGCAUACUGCUAAAGCAACACUCGAGUGGUUUAAGGGGAAACAUUUAAAUGUAUUGGAAUGACCUAGACAAAGCCCAGACCUCAAUCCAAUUGAGAAUCUGAGGUAUGACUUAAAGAUUGAUGUACACCAGCGGAACCCAUCCAACUUGAAGGAGCUGGAGCAGUUUUGCCUUGAAGAAUGGGCAAAAAUCCCAGUGGCUAGAUGGGCCAAGCUUAUAAAGAGACUUGCAGCUGUAAUUGCUGCAAAAGGUGGCUCUACAAAGUAUUGACUUUGGGGGGGGUGAAUAGUUAUGCACGCUCAAGUAUUCAGUUUUGUUGUCUUAUUUCUUGUUUGUUUCACAAUGAAACAUAUUUUGCAUCUUCAAAGUGGUAGGCAUGUUGUGUAAAUCACAACCCCCCCAAAAUCCAUUUUAAUUCCAGGUUGUAAGGCAACAAAAUAGGAAAAAUGCCAAGGGGGGUGAAUACUUUUGCAAGCCACUGUACCUAUUUAAAAAUGCUGUUCAUUGACUAUAGCUCAGCAUUCAACAUCAUAGUACCCUCCAAGCUCAUCAUUAAGCUCGAGGCCCUGGGUCUGAACUCCGCCCUGUGCAACUGGGUCCUGGACUUCCUGACGGGCCACCCCAGGUGGUGAAGGUAGGAAACAACACCUCCACUUCGCUGAUCCUCAACACUUGGGCCCCACAAGGGUGCAUGCUCAGCACCCUCCUGUACUCCCUGUUCACCCAUGACUGCGUGGCCAAGAACCCCUCCAACUCAAUCAUCAAGUUUACAGACAGCACAACAGUAGUAGGCUUGAUUACCAACAAUGACGAGACAGCCUACAGGGAAAAGGUGAGGGCUCUGGGAGUGUGGUGCCAGAAAAAUAACAAAACAAAGAAGAUGAUUGUGGAAAGCUUCAAGGUCCUCGGUGUACACAUCACUGACAAACUGAAAUGGUCCACAAACAGCGCCUCUUCAACCUCAGGAGGCUGAAGAAAUUUGGCUUGGCACCUAAAACCCUCACAAACUUUUACAGAUGCACAAUUGAGAGCAUCCUGUCGGGCUGUAUCACCGCCUGGUACGGCAACUGCACCGCCCGCAACCGCAGGGCUCUCCAGAGGGUGGUGCGGUCUGCCCAAUGCAUCACCGGGGUCAACCUACCAGCCCUCCAGGACACCUACAGCACCUGAUGUCACAGGAAGGCCAAAAAGAUAAUCAAGGACAACAACCACCCAAGCCACUGCCUGUUCACCCCGCUAUCAUCCAGAAGGCGAGGCCAUCAGACUGUUAAAUAGCCUUCACUAGCACAUUAGAAGCUGCUGCCUAUAUACAUAGAUUAGAAAUCACUGGCCACUUUAAUAAAGGGAACACUAGUCACUUUAAUAAUGUUUACAUAUCUUGCAUUACUCAUCUCAUAUGUAUAUACUGUAUUCUAUACUAUUCUACUGUAUCUUAGUCUGUGCCGCUCUGACAUUGCUCGUCCAUAUAUUUAUAUAUUCUGAAUUCCAUUGCUUUACUUAGAUUUGUGUGUAUUGGGUAUAUGUUGUGAAAUUGUUAGAUAUUACUUGUUAGAUAUUACUGCACUGUCGGAGCUAGAAAAGCAUUUCGCUACACCCGCAAUAACAUCUGCUAAACACAUGUAUGUGACCAAUAAGAUUUGAUUUUAUCAUUAAUUUGCAAACCAAAUCUGAAGAGGGAACACAAUGUUUAUCUUGGUGAGGAGCUUGACAACUGUAGGGAUGAAAACUGCUGCUGGUGUUAAAUUGGUAUUAAUAACUCAAAAAGAUUUAUGGCUCUGUGGAAAGAUUCCAUUAGAACUACUGUUCCCACUCCGAGAGCUAGCUUGCCAUUUCUCCCUCUAGGUCAGGGGUGUUAAGUCAUUUUGCCUCGGGGGCUGCAUUCGCUCUUCAACGAGGUCCGAAGGGUCGCGCUGAAAAUGUUAUAUUUCGAUGUCGUCAGAAUUUUCAAAAAUAGUCCCCUAUCUAUCGUAUUUUGAAUUUUUGAUGCUCCCUGAAUGUCUAGUGAUUAUUAGUGAGCUGGACAGUCAAGAAACGGUAUGAAUAUAGAUCUAUUAUAAUUUCUACACUGUUUCGAUUUGGUUUUAGUCAUUUUAAAGUGUAUUGAGUUCGUUGUCAAUACACCCCCCUCCCCCCACACAUAUUAUUUUUUACUCAAACCACCCACGGGCCAGAUUGGACCCCCUCUCAGUCCAAGCAUUUUGUUGACAUAGAGUUUUACUUAAAGAUAUAGUAAGGGCAUACUGUGACAUGUUGUACCACACAAAAGCCCAUUGUGACAGAGUGUGCAAUCUCCCCAGCGUUUUUCUGUAAUUUGACAGGAGAUGCACACAGACACACACCAAACCUGUCUGUCAGGUUGUACCGAACACUGACUAAUCAAUGCACAGACCGUAACCAAGCUCUAUCCAAGAGGAACUGAUAUCACUGUCAAAACAUAAAGGCAUGGAGUAUUAUUCGGUUGGUGUCAAACCAUGUUACAAAACAACAGAUGGAAAAGCAAGGUAUAGAAUGGACACAAUUAUCUUUCAAUAUUACUCUGUACCGCGCUACACUCUGUUAAUUUAUCUCCCAUGGGAAGUUGAAGUGUUGAAUCAGGUGUGCUAGUGCUGGGCUAGAGCAAAUAUGUGCCCCCUGGUAUGGAUUGAGAAACACUGAUUUAGCACACACUCUUAUCCAUAGUUACUUCAUGUAGGUUCAUUCAGUAAUUAAAAACAAGCAUUUGACUGAGGUAGAAUCUCUUCAGACAUCGAUGUUGGUAGUAGGGUUAGGGUAGAAGAAGAAGAGUAGGAGAAGAGCAUUUCAAAUGACCAUGACACACAAACACCACAUCAAAACAACACAACACUAAAUGAAGAGUAACAUUUAUCACAAGACACCUCUUCAUGAUCACAGACUAACUAAUACUGUGCUUAGAUGUAUUCCUUUGAAUGUUAAAGCACUGUUCUUUAAAUGGCUGUUCUUUACAAAGAAAAUAAUGUUCCUGUCUUGUACACCCCCCCCCCCCCCCCCCCCCCCCCCACCAGGACUGGUCCUGCUACCCUAGGUCCAGAAGGUCCAUUGUAGUGAGUUUUACAUGGGAAGGACUGUUCUAUCACCAUGGUUCCUGGGGGAGGGUCACUUACCUCACUCUCCUUCCUCUGUUUGCAUUUUCUCUCUCUUUCUGUGUGUGUGUUCGGUUUAUGUGUGCCCAUUCUGGCCCUCCUAAUCCCUUACAAGAAGCACCUGCAAACACACAAGAAAGUGCACGCGCGCGCACACACACACAUCUGAUGAAUGGCCUCUGCACCACGUCUGUCGAGUAUGACCAGUGUGGGGAUGUGUGUGUGACUGCCCCCUCCCUUCCUCCCUCUGUCUCAUCCUAUGGAUGUUUAUGUCUUCCUGGAUGUCUGGAUUCCAGAACACUCCCUCUCUCAUCUUUCUCUCGUUCAGAGUUCCUCUCUUUAACCUUUCACCCCGUGGUGACCUCUGACCUCGUGUCAGCCCCUAUGAACCCUGCAGGGGGUCACAUGAUGUCUGCCAGGUCGUGUGAUGUCAUUUGACCCUCUGGGUUCACCAGUCAGGCCCUGAGACUGACCUUUGAACUUCGAGAACAGCAAACUUAUUAUAUCUGUGGGAACAGGGAGUGACUUGGGAAAAGGUAGAACUAUAAGUGAAAUGUAACCUCCAUAGAGCUGUAGUAAGUCUAGGGAUAAAGUGGCAGUAUUGGACCAUGUUAAAGUUUGUGUGUCUGUCUGUGGGCUUGCAUUGCAUAAUGUUCUCCUAACGUUGGGAUGAGGUUCUGUUGGUGUUGGUUGGGAUAAUGUUUUGAUUCAAGCCCACUCCUUAGCUUCUGGUGGAGGUGUGUGGUGGCUCUAACAAUGUCUGUCUUUAUGGUGAUUGAUGUGUUUCUCUUAACCACACACACACACACACAAUUUCAGUACUCCACAGCCCUGGUCUUCAGUGUUUAGUCACAGCCUGAGAAAUGUUUGCCUAACGUUACCUAGUGAGUGUGCUAGUUAGAGCAUCAGACUUCCAAUGAGUGUGCACUUGGGUGUAAGUGUGUGCAUUAUUUCAAUGCUUGUCCUUAGUGUAGUAUUGUUGCUAAGACAAGCAGUUUCAGUUACUAAUGUUUGAACAUUGAAGUUGAAUCCGUUGAGCUGAGCAUGUGAAUCAUGUUCAUCUGUGUCCAAGGGUACAUGACUAAUCGUGUGUGUGUGUGUGUGUCACAGGACUGGUCCAUAGACUUCAACCGUACACUGAGUCGGCGAGAGACUAAGAAGAAGCCUUCCGAUGGAGUCACCCUGACGGGCAUCAGCCAAAUGGAAGAGCAGCAGGCAGCCAAGAGUAGCAGCAGGUAACCACACACACACACACUGUCAGGAAGUGGGAAGACAUUUAUCAAGGUGCAGUAGAUAAACAAACAUGUCGGAAGGCCAGUGAAAGAAUGUAGCUUCCAAUACUCUCUUACCACUGCCACACACAUAAACAUUCCACACACCACUUCCAAAUCUAAACAUCAUAGUUACUGUUCCUCCACAACAAGGCUCUCUGCUGCUGAUCGGGAGCGCUGGUAAAGCAUUCCGGAGAAUAGCCUUUGGAAUGAAGUCUUUCACCACUGAGCUGUUGCCAUGGUCACAGUAAACAUUCCUGUAACAAGCCCUGAGAAUACAGAGCUGCCCCACUGACUGUAACGGUUGCACAAUGGUUGUUUAAUGGUUGCACACUGGUGAAUUGACUCCAAACAUGACCCAUGGUGUGUAUAGGGUGUGUACUGGGGGAGUGUGUGUGUGUUAGUGGGCACUGGAGGAGAAGAGGGGAGUUAAUGAGAGGAAUGUGAGGCACAGAAAGCAUUUGACCCUUUGGUAUCCAUCAGAUGUGCAUACUGCCAAACAUGGGUCUGCCUCGCACUACCAGCAUAAGAGACACGUACUCUGUCACCUCACUUCUACAGUACAGUAGGCUAUAUCUGUGUCUACAGGGGUGAAGGUGUGUGUGUGUGUGUGUGUGUCGAUCAAAAUUAGUUGUACUUACAGUGGAAAUUAAUUUUCACAGCUCACGACAACACAAACAAUAGACUGUACAAACAAUGGCCAUAUAAGGAAAAGGAGGUAACAGUGAACAUCUUUGUCUGGACCGUAGUAUAACCACACUCCUUCCUCAUGUUCAUGUAUUAUGAGAGUUGGUCCACAUUCCUGCGCUCUAGCAAAAUCAGAGAUACAACCACUACAAGGGUUGUACAGUCGUGGUCAAACAUUUUGAGAAUUGGUCUUCACAAAGUUUGCUGCUUCAGUGUUUUUUUAUAUUUUUGUCAGAUGUUACUAUGGUAUUUUUUAUUUAUUUUUAUUUCACCUUUAUUUAACCAGGUAAGCCAGUUGAGAACAAGUUCUCAUUUACAACUGCGACCUGGCCAAGAUAAAGCAAAGCAGUGCGAUAAAAACAACACAGAGUUACAUAUUAUACUGAAGUAUAAUUACAAGCAUUCCAUAAGUGUCAAAGGCUUUUAUUGACAAUUACAUUAAGUUUAUGCAAAGAGUCAAUAUUUGCAGUGUUGACACUUCUUUUUCAAGACCUCUGCAAUCCGCCCUGGCAUGCUGUCAAUUAACUUCUGGGCCACAUCCUGACUGAUGGCAGCCCAUUCUUGCAUAAUCAAUGCUUGGAGUUUGUCAGAAUUUGUGGGUUUUUGUUUGUCCACCCGCCUCUUGAGGAUCGACCACAAGUUCUCAAUGGGAUUAAGGUCUGGGGAGUUUCCUGGCCAUGGACCCAAAAUGUCGAUGUUUUGUUCCCCGAGCCACUUAGUUAUCACUUUUGCCUUAUGGCAAGGUGCUCCAUCAUGCUGGAAAAGGAAUUGUUCGUCACCAAACUGUUCUUGGAUGGUUGGGAGAAGUUGCUCUCGGAGGAUGUGUUGGUACCAUUCUUUAUUCAUGGCUGUGUUCUUAGGCAAAAUUGUGAGUGAGCCCACUCCCUUGGCUGAGAAAGCAACCCCACACAUGAAUGGUCUCAGGAUGCUUUACUGUUGGCAUGACACAGGACUGAUGGUAGCGCUCACCUUGUCUUCUCCGGACAAGCUUUUUUCCGGAUGCCCCAAACAAUCGGAAAGGGGAUUCAUCAGAGAAAAUGACUUUACCCCAGUCCUCAGCAGUCCAAUCCCUGUACCUUUUGCAGAAUAUCAGUCUGUCCCUGAUGUUUUUCCUGGAGAGAAGUGGCUUCCUUGCUGCCCUUCUUGACACCAGGCCAUCCUCCAAAAGUCUUCGCCUCACUGUGCAUGCAGAUGCACUCACACCUGCCUGCUGCCAUUCCUGAGCUGGUGGUGCCCCGAUCCCGCAGCUGAAUCAACUUUAGGAGACGGUCCUGGCGCUUGCUGGACUUUCUUGGGCGCCCUGAAGCCUUUUUCACAACAAUUGAACCUCUCUCCUUGAAGUUCUUGAUGAUCCGAUAAAUGGUUGAUUUAGGUGCAAUCUUACUAGCAGCAAUAUCAUUGCCUGUGAAGCCCCUUUUGUGCAAAGCAAUGAUGACGGCACGUGUUUCCUUGCAGGUAACCAUGGUUAACAGAGGAAGAACAAUGAUUUCAAGCACCACCCUCCUUUUAAAGCUUCCAGUCUGUUAUUCUAACUCAAUCAGCAUGACAGAGUGAUCUCCAGCCUUGUCCUCGUCAACACUCUCACCUGUGUUAACGAGAGAAUCACUGACAUGAUGUCAGCUGGUCCUUUUGUGGCAGGGCCUUUGAAAUUAAUUGCAAUUCAUCUGAUCACUCUUCAUAACAUUCUGGAGUAUAUGCAAAUUGCCAUCAUAAAAAUGGAUGUUUGUGUCAUUCUCAAAACUUUUGACCACGACUGUACAUUUAUCUAGCUAUCCCCCUUAAAGGGAAAAUACAUCUAUUGAGCUAUCCCCCUUAAAGGGAAAGCACAUCUAUCUAACAAUCCCCCCUUAAAUUGAUAGUUUACUGCUAUAUGGGCAUUUUUAUAAUUUGUUCACUUUAAAAGUUGUUUAUGGGCAACUAACUAUCGAGUAUUAUUUAUUUAUAUAUACAUACACAUACACACACACACACACACACACAGACAGUACCAGUCAAAAGUUUGGACACACCUACUCAUUCAAGGGUUUUUCUUUAUUUUUACUAUUUUCUACAUUGUAGAAUAAUAGGGAAGACAUCAAAACUAUGAAAUAACACAUAUGAAAUCAUGUAGUAACUAGAAAAGUGUUAAACAAAUCAAAAUAUAUUUCAAACUUCAAACAGCCACCCAUUGUCUUGAUGACAGCUUUGCACACUCUUGGCAUUCUCUCAACAAGCUUCACCUGGAAUGCUUUUCCAACAGUCUUGAAGGAGUUCCCACAUAUACUGAGCACUUGUUGGCUGCUUUUCCUUCACUCUGCGGUCCAACUCAUCCCAAACCAUCUCAAUUUGGUUGAGGUCGGGGGAUUGUGGAGGCCAGGUCAUCUGAUGCAGCACUCCAUCACUCUCCUUGGUAAAAUAGCCCUUACACAGCCUGGAGGUGUGUUGGGUCAUUGUCCUGUUGAAAAACAAAUGAAAGUCCCACUAAGCGCAAACCAGAUGGGAUGGCGUAUCGCUGCAGAAUGCUGUGGUAGCCAUGCUGGUUAAGUGUGCCUUGAAUUCUAAAUAAAUCACUGACCGUGUCACCAGCAAUCCACCCCCACACCAUCACACCACCUCCUCCAUGCUUCAUGGUGGAAACCACAUAUGCGGAGGUCAUCCGUUCACCUACUCUGUGUCUCACAAAGACACGGCGGUGGAACCAAAUAUCUCAAAUUUGGACUCAUCAGACCAAAGGACAGAUUUCCACCGGUCUAAUGUCCAUUGCUCGUGUUUCUUGGCCCAAGCAAGUCUCUUCUUAUUAUUGGUGUCCUUUAGUAGUGGUUUCUUUGCAGCAAUUCAACCAUGAAGGCCUGAUUCACGCAGUCUCCUCUGAACAGUUGAUAUUCAGAUGUGUCUGUUACUUGAACUCUGAAGCAUUUAUUUGGGCUGUAAUCUGAGGUGCAGUUAACUCUAAUGAACUUAUCCUCUGCAGCAGAGGUAACUCUGGGUCUUCCUUUCCUGUGGUGGUCCUCAUGAGAGCGAGUUUCAUCAUAGCGCUUGAUGGUUUUUGCGACUGCACUUUAAGAAACGUUCAAAGUUCUUGAAAUGUUCCGGAUUGACUGACCUUCAUGUCUUAAAGUAAUGAUGGACUGUCAUUUCUCUUUGCUUAUUUGAGCUGUUCUUGCCAUAAUAUGGACUUGGUCUUUUACCAAAUAGGGCUAUCUUCUGUAUACCACCCCUACCUUGUCACAACACAACUGAUUGGCUCAAACGCAUUAAGAAGGAAAGAAAUUCCACAAAUGAACUUUUAACAAGGCACACCUGUUAAUUGAAAUGCAUUCCAGGUGACUACCUCAUGAAGCUGGUUGAGAGAAUGCCAAGACUGUGCAAUGCUGUCAUCAAGGCAAAGGGUGGCUACUUGGAAGAAUCUCAAAUAUAAAAUAUUUUGAUUUGUUUAACACUUUUUUGGUUACUACAUGAUUCCAUAUGUGUCAUUUCAUAGUUUUGAUGUCUUCACUAUUAUUCUACAAUGUAGAAAAUAGUAAAAAAUAAAGAAAAACCCUUGAAUGAGUAGGUGUGUCCAAACUUUUGACUGGUACUGUGUGUAUAUAUAUCUACAAAGCACAGAUCUAGGAUCAGCUUACCUUCCACAAACCUUAACCUUAACCAUUAGGGGGAAAAUACAAAACUGACCCUAGAUCAAUGUCUAGGGUGACUUCAGAUCUCAUUAGCUCUCUGCCUGCAUUUUGACUCAGUGACCUCGGCUCAGAAAAGUUUAGGGAUAGGGAAAAUUUGAUUUUGAAUGGGAAUCAAUUGUUUGGUUCCCACAAGGAUAAUGAAACAAGUGUGUGUGUGUGCGCAUUUCCAUUGUACACUUCAGUCAAGAUUAGUUGUACUCAAAGUGGAAAUGCAUUUUCACAGCAACACAAACAAUAGACUGUACAAACAAUGGCCAUAUAAGGAAAAGGGGGUAACAGUGAACAUCUUGUCUGGACUGUAGUAUAACCACACUCCUUCCUCAUGUUCAUGUAUUAUGAGAGUUGGUCCACAUUCCUACGCUCUAGCAAAAUCAGAGGUACAACCACUACAAGGGAUAGUACAUCUAUCUAGCUAUCCCCCGUAAAGGGAUAGUUCACUGCUAUAUGGGCAUUUUAUAAUUUGCUUACUUUAAAAGUUGUUUAUGGGCGACUAACGAUCGACUAUUACCCUAUAUAUAAUCUACAAGGAACAGUUGUGCCUAUCACCUAAAAGCAGACUGGUAUUGGUCUGAGACCUAAUAUAACAUCCUUUUUUUCCUGACUUCUGCCAACUAAAGUUACAUUGUUGCCGCCGUUCAGUGUUUAUUUGGUGUUUCAACUCCUCUGGGAGAGAUUUGGUUACCUCAGAGAGCGUAGUGCCGUGACUGUCAAUAAAGGUGUUCACAUUUUGUCCACAGUGCAGUGACGUUGUGAUUGGACAGAUAGCUACUACGUGCCAUGGUCCAACUGCACUGUAAACAUAUGAUGUUCCUGGUUGAAGUUGCCUCUAAGCACAGGCCUAGGAUCAGCUUACCUUCCCCAAAUCCUAACCUUAACUAUUAGGGGGGAAAUACAAAACUGACUGUAGAUCAAUGUCUAGGGUGACUUCAUUGUAAUUCAUUCUCACAGCAGACUAGUGUGGAAUUCCAAAUCUACCCCCAGUCUCUAACCCAAGGUACUUCUCUAGAUAACAUUGUUUUUUUCUUCAAGAUAGGUGUCACUAAUAUGGUGAUGCUUUGACCUAGCCAAUCAGAGGGCAAGAUGGAGCUAUUGCCAUAUUGCUUAAACCAAUCUGAUCCUCUCAGAUCUACCUGAAGUGUCUAGGGAAAUGGGCUGUUAUAUGGGUCAAAUUGGAAUUCAGAAUUCAUUCCUGGUGAAGUCAAGAAUUGGAACGUUUUCUCAAACCCAGAGAGUAUCAGCUGGGGAAAAGCACUAAUAAAAUGCUAGUAAAAGCAGAAGAGGAAUUGGUGAAGGUGUAUAAAUGUUGUAUGAAUGAAAAUUGGAAUGGAAAACUGGCCACUUCUUAUUUGUCAACUUAACAUGCUUAUUUUGUGUGACUCUCCUAGUGUCACAAUGGAUGUCUAAAAAACAUACGUAACCAGCGUUGCCUCGUCAUGUGUUUGUUGUCACAAUGCUCAUAUUGUCUAUUUAAUUGGUUAUGGUUGGACGUGUCACUUGUGUACUCGUUGUGUGUCCAUUAUGUCCUAAACCCUCAUCCAAGGUUUUCGAUUCAGCUUUUGCUAUGUCACGAAGCUGUCUGGAUUCAAGGUGUGUAUGAGUAUGUGUAUGUGUGUGUCACAAAUGCCUCUCUCCGUGUGGUCAGCCUGACUGUGCCCACUAGCACAGAGCCGGUGGGUUCGAACCCCUUCGAGGAUGACGACGACGAGGAUCUCCAGGAGACCAUGAAGGAACAGCCCACUGUCGUCAACAACAACAACAACCGCAGUCCGCUCAAUGUCAAAAAAGUGGAGGAAGUGAAAACGUUGGUGAAAAAGAGACCCACUCCUCUCCCUGCUUUCCUUCCCUCCCUCUCUUCUUGUUUUCUCUUUCCCUCAGUCUUUGGGUGAAUUUACUAUUUUAGUGUUACACAAGUGUUUCUCAGGGCUGCACAUGUUUGUUCCAGCCAAGCACUAGCACACAGGGCUUGCUGAUUAGUUGAGUAGUUGAACCAGGUGAGCUAGUGCUGGGCUAAAACAAAAAUGUGCACCCCUGAGAAACACUUCAAUAACACACUAUUGAGGCACAUCCUUUCUGUCCUCUACCAUCUUUAUUUUUCAUUACUUCUCUUUUAUUCCUCUCCUCCCUUUUCCCUCUCUCGCUCUCUCUUUUCUCACCCCUCCUUUCUUUUUUCUACCGCUUCCCUCCUCUCUCCUUCCCUUUCCUUCCCUCCCCUCUCCUCUGCUCUCCUUCCCUCUCCUCUUCUCUCCUUCCCUCCUCUCUCCUCCGCUCUCCUUCCCUCCCCUCUCCUCCCCUCUCCUCCUCUCUCCUCCUCUCUCCUCCUCUCUCCUUCCCUCUCCCUGGCUAGCGGCAGGCUGUGUUACUGUGCAUGGGCUCUCAGUGAGCGAUCACACCAACCCUACAUUAGUCAUUACUCCUAACAGUACCAACUGCCAAGUCCUGCAGAGCAUCCUUUCUGCGCGUGUGUGUAUGUAUUUUUCCUGUCUGUGGUUACUGUACAGUCAGAUCUGUUGCAAGUUGGAACUUAAAAAUACAAUUUCUAUAGAAUUUUGACUUUAAACAAAAGCCUGUCUUGAACUUAUAUAAACCUAUAUUGGGUCCUGUUUUACGCCAGGUCUGAUAUUGACUCAAGGCCGGGCAGAGAAACCGGCACUCAUAAAGUCAACAGUGUGUGUGUGUCUCAGUCUCUCUGGCAUAAAGCAGGAACUAUGAGAUGACAAAGGUGUUUGAGUGUACCAGCUGCAAGGGUCUGACUGUAACCUGAGGAUGUGUGUGUGUGUGUUUCAUGGGUUUUCUCUGACUGGGGAAGAAGGGUGUUUGUUCAUCUGAUUACUGUACAUCUACCUCCCUCCAGUGGUGGAUGGGGUGAACUCCAACCAUGCUUUUGUACUGCACUCGUGUCACUGUGCCAUUGUGUUGCCUUGCCUUACCUCAGCACUCUGUCUGUGUGUCCACUCCAAGUGGUGUCAAAGCAAACUCACAAAUCCAUUCGCCAACAAAACCUCACAGCAUUGGUUUCCUAAAAAGGCAUGUUUUUUCCCCCAUUGGUUGAUUUGAGAGAGGAAGGGAGAAACCUAUAUGCUUACAGUCUAUGUAUCCGGGUGGAUUCGGAGAUGCAUUUGCUGGGCCUUCUACGUGUUGUGCUGUACUCUACAUUGGUGUCGUUGUUCUACCAGGCCCUCUUAACUCUUUUUGUUCCCGCUUCUCUCGCCUGGCAUGCUGGAUUGUCCAAUCGGUGUGUGAGCAGGGCAUGAUUGACAAGUGACAUUUUCAAAUGUCCCUUAUAUUGAUUGGCUCCUCUGUGUCCGUCUAGCGCCAGCAGUGUGGAGAAGUCGCAGGAGUGGUCGGAUGAGGAGACUGGGGUGAACCCGUUUUCCAUGGAGGACGCCAACGGCGACGGGAACCCAUUUGAGGUGGAGCCGGCAUCCUCAGUGGUGUCUGUGGCCGUGCGCGCCAUCUACGACUACGAAGGACAGGAGCAGGAUGAACUCAGCUUCAAAGCAGGUGUGUGUGCUUGUGUGUGAGUGACUGCGAGAAUACUUGAAAGACUAUGCGAGUGAAAAGUCCCCUGCCCUGUAUGACCACUGCUAAGUGAAAGGACUGGAUGUCUCCACCAGUCUUCUUUUACUUGCCAUGUCCUGUCAGAUCAGUUAUCUAUGACCAUUAGAACACAGAGAAAAGUGAGUGAGGCUGAAUUGUGAGUCACAGAUCAUUUUUGAAACUGCUCAACAGAAAGACAUGCUCAUCAUCUACCACUAUCUUUUCACAUAAUAAUCUGUCCCUUCCUCCCUGUUCUCCUUUUUGUCCUGAAGGCGAGGAGUUCACCAAGAUAGGAAACGAGGACGACCAGGGCUGGUGCAGAGGGCGCCUGAAAGAUGGCGUGGUGGGCCUCUACCCCGCCAACUACGUAGAAGACAUCCAGUAAUGACAGAGCGAAGGACGAGGAGGAAAAAGAGAGAGAGGAGGAGGAUGUGGAGGAGGAG